UUCUGCCACGUGGGAGAUGCGAGAGUGCGCUCUGAUUGGCUGGUGGGCGUUGCCGGACGCCGUUGCUCUGUGAGUGUGUUCGGCUGGAACUUUUAGAGGUUAGUUUGGCGUCGAGAGAGCGGACACCGGCAGUCAGUGUGAGUCCGGAUGGCGGAGCAGGCACAGCCACACACUAGUCGGAGCUGCGGCAAUGGCACCCGGGAGCCGCUCAUCAACCUCAACAUACAGAGCACCACCGGGACCCGCUACGAGCUCUCCGUGUCGCCCGAGGAGACGGUGGACGGCCUGAAGCGGCGGAUCUCCCAGCGGCUCAAGGUGCCCAAGGAGAGGCUCACCCUGCUGCUUCGAGAGACCCGUCUAAAUUCUGGAAAGCUACAAGAUUUGGGGGUUUCGGAUGGGAGCAAACUAACCCUUCUACCUAGUGUGGAGGCAGGACUCAUGUCGCAGGUGUCCCGCCCGGAGCAGUCUGUGAUGCAGGCCCUGGAGAGUCUGACUGAGACGCAGGUAAAUGACUUUCUGUCUGGCCGAUCCCCUCUUACGCUUGCUCUACGUGUUGGAGAUCACAUGAUGUUUGUGCAACUCCAGUUGGCAGCACAACAGGCCGGCGGGCCACAUGUUCAACACCGUCACCUCAUCGCUAGGGGGACAGAACCAAAUGCAGCCCAGCAAUACCGUACCCUGCAUUCCAAUACAACACCUGCCCUAUCCCGCUUGACAAGUUGCACACAGAACACUCCGCCAUCAUCCUCAACACCAGCUUCUUCCACGCACUGCGAUGCCCCUCACACAGCCUCGGUCACCACCAGCGUCUUCCGUUCUCAUGGGGAAGGUGUGGCAGUGUCUUCUUGUUCAGAGCAGGUGCCAUGUAAUCGCAACAAUGAAGCUACCCCUUCCCCUGCAUCUGGUAGACCUCGAAAACCUGGAGCCAUUAUUGAAAGCUUUGUAAAUCACGCUCCUGGCGUCUUCUCAGGGACAUUUUCUGGUACUUUGCAUCCGCACUGCCAGGACAGCACAGGUCGUCCCCGCCGGGAUAUUGGCACAAUUUUGCAAAUUCUUAAUGACCUGCUGAGUGCCACAAGACACUACCAGGGCAUGCCGCCCUCCCUCACCACACUCCGCUGUCACACACAGUGUGCGUCCCAGGUCAGGACUUCUAGGCCUACCUCACCCCGAAAUGUGGAUCCCCAGCAAACUCCCCACACCGCAAGCUGCCAGGCCCAGAGUCGUCUUAGCAAGCCUACUGGUGAUCGUCUGCGUCAGACUGAGAACCGGGCAACUCGCUGUAAAGUAGAGCGUUUGCAGUUGCUAAUGCAUCAGAAGAGACUGCGUCGAAAAGCACGAAGGGACUCCAGGGCUCCAUAUCAAUGGCUGCCCACACGAAAGUCUAGUCGGACCAGCAGUAACAGCAGUGCAUCUAGUGGAGACGCCAAUCUAGAGAUGGACUUCGAAGACUCUCUAUGGAAGCCCGAAGUCAAGGCUGAACUGAAUUCAGAGUUCAUGGUGGCAUAAGUCUUGUGGCCACAGAAUCGCCUUUUUAUUUUUGGGUUUUGUUUUUUUAGGAGGUGCUGCUCACAAUACAUCAAAUGGACCAGAAGAUGGCAUGGACUUUUUAUUUUUUAUUAUAUUUUGUUUUAGUUUUAUGAACUGGGGAGAUUUGUGAUUAAAUAAAGGUGGAAAAAAUAAUGGCCUGGUUGUAAUUUGAAAACGUAUUCCAAUGACUAAUUUUCUGCCUUAAACGCUGGAAUCCGGAGCGUUGCAGGGUUUAAACUGUGUGCUUAUGAGAUGGAGUAUGAAGGCAAUAAGACAUGCUCUUGUUCUUGGAGAGUGAGGGACCCUACUCCAGGAGAUGCUCUGUCACAAGUUAGUAGUACACACAGUUGGGAACAUUCAGGGCCUGGCCGGAUCUUUCACAGUUAAUCUGCCCUGGGCCACAGUCUCGACAUGCUGCUGUUCAGGACACGUUCAACUCUAUGGGACCUAGUGUUUGAAAAUUGCAGAAGGAGGGUGACCAGGGACUUGAAUACUAUACCUCCCCACCUCUGUCACACAACUAUUGUUAUAUGUAGCAUCAUAAACGUAAUAUACUGUGGGCCCCAGUUCCUCCUCUGAUGUGUUCUGGGUUUGCCUGCUGUGCAUGCUGUGACUCCCCCCUGCCUUCCCUUUUGGUGACAGUGAUGGGGGUUGACCAGAAGUGGGAGCGCUGUCCUGAUUGCUGCGUUUAAGCUUUCUACAUCUGACUAUGUAUUUACCUCACACAUUGGAUUUUUUU